AUGGAGGAUUACGAAGAGAUAUUUGGUGAUGGAGCUGAAGAACUUUCUGAUGUAGUCGAUGACUUUUCUGAUUUCGAUUACGACCAUGACAAAGCUUCCAACGCUCCAGCACUUAAACAAAAACAAAAGUCUCAAAGAGAUUUAAGUGUUUCACCACCCAGGAGAUCAAUUCCUGUAGGCGACAGAGAUGAGGAUGAUAUUUAUAUUCCUCAACCUACUAAAAGACUAAAGAGAAAGUCAAUAGAAAAACGUCACCGCAAAGCUCCUGUUAGAAAGAAGAAAUAUAGAGAUGACGACGGUGAUCUUGAUGAAGAUGAAGUGAUUGCUCCUACCGCAGAAAUGGCACCUCUUAUGGAAUCAAGACAAAGGAUUGAACGAGAUUUUGAUGAAAUAAUGCCAAAGAAGAAGGGAAAAUCUAAAGCAAAAGGAAUUGAUCUUGAUAAAUAUUAUGAUCAAGCAGCCGAAAAGCUAUAUCAACAAAUGAUUGAAUAUGCCGACUACGAUUACAAUACCUGUCAAGAUCAAAAACCUACCACAAAAAAAUUGGAUAAUCUUCAAUAUGUAGUAGAUGAAUUAUCAAAACCUUUUAUGUUAGAGGCAUUAAUGGAAUCGAACAUAUUAGAUGCAAUUAGAUAUUGGCUUGAACCACUUCCUGAUCGUUCUUUACCUAAUAUAACAAUUGUAGAACAAUUAAUGAAAGUUUUAAAUAAACUUCCUAUAAUUACUGAUCAUUUGUUAUCAAGUAAAGUUGGAAGAAUUGUAUAUUUUUAUGAACAAUCUCCCCGGAUUUCAGAUCAUAUAAAACAAUUAGCUUCAAAUAUUGUGGCAAAAUGGAGUAGAGCCAUUUUUGGUAUUAGUGUAGAUUACAAAGAUAAGAACUUUAAACGUGUCGAAUUUGAUCCUGAAUUGAUGGCUGAAGUACAAUCUAAAACAAAUUAUUCCGAACCAAAUAAUAUUGAUGAAAGAACUCCACCAAAAAGAGCCCUGAUGACAUCAUCUGCUGUACAUGCACAAAUACCACAACCCGCUGCCUUCGAUUAUGAUAUUAUGCCCGAAGUUCGACUAUCAUCACCUCAUCGUGGUAAACGAGCAGAUGAUCCAUAUAAACAUCUAAAGCAAACUAUGGCUAGAAUGCGCAGAGGAGAAAAGAAAAGAAAAAUAUAA